CAGCUGCGUCGUGGAUCGUCUCUCACAGGACCCUGAUAUGUGGUUACACCAAAGAUCUCUCAGCUCCACCUCAGUUUUUUUGCUAUGAGAGUUGAUUAUGUGGCGGGAGCAGGGUAAAUAGAGUCUUGCUUGUUGCUUUGGCCAGUGCAGGAUGUGGUAUGCUGGGAAACGUAGGAUUUGGAGAGGACUGGUCCAUCUGGCACCAGUCACCGUCAAGCGUCCUUCUCAAAUGCUGUCACCCGAUCUGAGACUAAUCCUUAUCUAUCAUGGCCAUAAAGUGCUAUGGCUGUACGACGUGCUGCCUUUGGCAGUAUCAUGAGCGCCAUGUCGUGGUCAUAAAAGCCUGUUUACAGAUGGAUGUGCAUGCCUACUGCAUCAGUACUCUGAGUUCAGUUUUGUUCAGUGAAACAUAACUCUAGAUUGAAUUAUGACAUGCCAUAGGCUCCCAUUGUAUGAGCAGAAAGAGCUCUGUGAUUCAUCUUUAUGACUCUAGUGAAAUUCAGACUGAAGGUCGGAGAGGUCCUCUUUCAGUCUAUGGCCAAGUGAUCCCAACAUACUCACACACUGAAGGGGGCUUUUGUACCCCAGGUCAGUUAACUUGGGUUGUACCCAUUGCAUAUGUGCAUAUGCAUAUAUUCACAUUCAAGGACAAGAUGUUCCUCAAGUCUCUUUAUGCAUAAAUGCAGAUAAAUGUGCAUUUUAAUGACUCCUCAGGACAACUAUGCAACUAAUUAGAUGGAUAUGGUAAUGAUAUGCCUUUGGAAGCCUUAUGUGCUUCUUCUACCAUUCAUUUGUGCAUUCUUGAAAAAGAUUUGGGUCCAGCUUUAUAUUUCAGCAGGCUAAGAACUGUCAAAUCAAAAGAACUAAAAUUUAAUGGGCAGAAGAUGUUCAAGGAGUGAUUUUACAAUGCAGACAAACCACCACAUAAUACCAAUGCAGAUCCUACACCACCACAUCGCAUCGGUGGAGAAGCUCUCGCUGACCACCAGUGGCUGCCCGCUGCUUAUUCAGUGUCGGAACUUCCGGGUGGUGCACUUCGUGGUGCCACGUGAGCGCGACUGCCAUGAUGUCUACAGCUCACUGCUUCGCCUCCUCCGGCCAGUGUCAUACGAUGAGCUUUACGCAUUCUCCUACAACCCCAAGCAGAACGAGCAGCAGAGGGAGGUGGGCUGGCAGCUCAUUGACCUCACCGCUGAGUUUGAGCGUUUGGGCCUGCCCUGUGACCAGUGGCAGCUCUCAGACGUCAACCGAGACUAUAAGGUGUGUGAGACGUACCCCAGAGACCUGUACGUACCCAUCACAGCCAGUAAACCCAUCAUCGUCGGGAGCUCCAAGUUCAGGAGUAAAGGGCGCUUCCCCGUCCUCACGUAUUUUUACCAGGAGAAGAAGGCUGCAGUGUGUCGAUGCAGCCAGCCUCUCUCGGGCUUCAGUGCUCGCUGUCUGGAGGAUGAGCACAUGCUGCAGGCCAUCAGCAAAGCCAACCACAACAGCCGCUUUGUCUACGUGAUGGACACCAGGCCGAAGCUGAACGCCUUGGCGAACCGGGCAGCGGGCAAAGGUUAUGAGAAUGAGGACAACUAUUCUAACAUCCGCUUCCAGUUCGUGGGCAUCGAGAACAUCCACGUGAUGAGGGCCAGUCUGCAAAAGCUUCUGGAAGUGGUGGGCACACGCUCUCUCUCUGUGAACGAUUACCUGUUAGGACUUGAAAGCAGUGGCUGGCUGCGACAUAUCAAAGCCAUCGUUGACGCUGCUAUUUUCCUCACAAAGGCGGUGACGGUAGAGGGGGCGAGUGUGCUGGUGCACUGCUCUGACGGGUGGGACCGCACGGCUCAGGUCUGCGCUCUGGGAGCCCUGCUUAUGGAUCCCUACUACCGCACCCUCAAAGGCUUCAUGGUGUUGAUCGAGAAAGAGUGGAUCUCUUUCGGGCACAAGUUUGCAGACAGGUGUGACCAGCUGGAUGGCGACCCAAGAGAGGUGUCCCCCGUCUUCACGCAGUUCCUGGACUGUGUGUGGCAGCUGAUGGAGCAGUUCCCCCAGGCCUUCGAGUUCAGCGAGUGGUUCCUCAUCCAGCUGCAUGAGCAUGUGCACUCCUGCCAGUUUGGCAACUUCCUGGGGAACAGCCAGAGGCAGAGAGAGGAGCUGCAGCUAAAGGACAGGACCUACUCCUUGUGGGCUCACCUGUUAAGUGAGCAGCACAAUUACCUGAAUCCCGUGUACAGUCCCAGCUUUGCAGAGAGACACCCAGUGCUGGAGCCCUCCACGCAGCCCUGGAACUUCAAGUUUUGGAGGAACAUGUACCAUCAGUUCGACCGCACCAUGCACCCACGUCAGUCCAUACUCAAACACACACUCACACUGAAGGAGAGUAACAGUAAGCUGGAGGACACGGCACACACCCUGCAGGCGAAGCUUCAGACGUUGGGGGUGAGCACCUCUCCGCUGGAGCUCCACAGCUGGUCCAGGGAGCACAGACUCCCUCCCCGACCCCAGUCACUCAUCCUUGGGGCCCCACUCAGCCGCAAGGAGGCGCAGCAGGAAGAGGAGGUGUUGGGCGAGGAGGCGCUGGAGGACGCUCCAGACGGCAAUGGCGGGGAACGGACUGUAGAGGGCAGCAGUGCCACAGAGAAUGGAUACGGGGAGCUUCAGAGCUCGUUCAGCUCCAAGAACGAGCCAGCCAUGGUCAGCCUGGAGUUUGGGGUGGCCCGAAUGACCUGCUGAGGACUUAUGGCAUACUGGAAUAUGGAAAUCCAGAAGGACUGAGGAGGAAAAAAAAAAAAAAUUUGUAUAUUCUCAAAGCUCAGUGGUGUGUGUGUGUGUGUGUGUGUGUGUGUGUUCAUUCAGUGAGGGCCUUUGUGAUAGCCUCCGCAUAUAAAAUUGCUGGAUGGGGAACACAUGGAAAGAUGUGUUCUGUCAUGUAAAGCCGCUGUUAAUGUGAGGAUGUAUCUGUCAUUGUCCUUAAGGAAUUAAAAAAAAAAUUUUCUUAAACAAUGUGAA